CAAGGUCACGUGCUGGUUCCAUACCAUCGCAAAACAGUGACUCCAUAUUGGUACGACUAAAAUUGUAAGGCCGUAAGAUCCAUUGACAUCCUCUAAAAGAGAGGAACAAUGGACGCAAUAUACGGCAUAAACGUUAAAAACAAGUUUGACCUUUUUUGUGAUGAGGAUGUUGAUCCUCUAGACAUUCUUGCUCAGGCUGAAAAUGCGAAGAAAACUGACCAGGACAAGAAGAAAAAGGAUGACAAGGCUAAGAAAAAUAAAGCUGCCAAAAAACAGGUUCUCAAGCAAGAGAACAAGAACAAACUGAACGAAGAAAUAAAGCCGGAAAAAGAAGAGAAAGUCAGCACUGCACCACGAUUGAACGACAGACCUCGCACGGGCGGCAGACCGAACAGGGAACCAAGAGAACCCAGAGAAGAUAACCGCCCUCCGAGACGGCGAGAGGAAAAUGCCAACCAAAACACGGAAAGGAGUGAAAGGGUAUCUUCAGGCUUCCAGAGACCAGAACGAACCGAAGGUGGAGGAUUUGCUCAGCGAGAUGACGGACCAAGAGACGGAUUUGGACGUGGCAUGAGAGGCGGACGUGGCCGAGGGACUCGUGGUGGAAGAGGUCGCGGGGGAUUUGGAGGCAAACGGGAAUUUGAACGACACAGUGGAAGUGAUAGGACCAGUGGUGUUAAACCUACCGAAAAACGGGAAGGCAGUGGUUCGCAUAACUGGGGAACUGUGAAGGAUGACAUUGACCAGCCACCAAAGGUGGAUUAUUGGAGGGAUCCAAAGGAACAGAUGAAGGAUACUACACAGGAAGAGCCCCAGGAAUGGAACCCACAGGCUGAGGAUACCGAAAACAAGGACCCCAACGAGAGCACAGAAUCUGCCAAUCCAGAGGAAGGUGAGGCUGAGGAUGAUGAAGCAAAACAAAUGACCCUUGAGGAAUGGAAGAAGUUGAAUGAAACUAGACGUGUGAAAUCCGAAUUCAAACUGAGAAAGGCAAACGAGGGUGCGGAUAUGUCGCAGUGGAAGGGCGCCCAGGUGUACAAGAAGAAGCCUGGUGCAGAUAGCGAUGAGGAUGAGGAGGAGGAAACUGACGAGGAUGAUGAUGAUGAGGAUGAGCUCCGCAAUAAGAAGUUGCUGAAUGAGAUCAAGAUCACCUUCAAUGACUCGCCAAGAAGAGGUAGAGGCGCGCGCAGACCAAGAGGUCCACGCGGUGGUCGGAUUGGUGGUGGUCGUGGGGACCGACGGCCCAAUGCCGCACCCAAGUUCGAUGAUGAGAACGACUUUCCGUCGCUCAUCAAGUCUACUGCAUAGGACUUGAAAAGCCAGUGCUACAGGCUUAUUAAAACCUAUAAAAUUAGGCUGCGUUUUGGUAUCUCCAAGAACUCUGAAAUCAUGGUUUUUAAGUUCAUUUUGCUUACUAUCCAUUUUGUACAUUGAGUACAUGUUUUUCUCACGUUUUCCAUUUUGUACUAGUUUUAAGUUGGUUAACAUGUGUAUUCUGGUGUGAAGUGCUUUCAAAGACAACAGUGCUGUGUUGGCCGCAGAUCUCUUGUUGACAGUUGGACUCCUUUUCGCCUAGUAUUCCGCAGCGGACAGACAGUUCAGAUCCAAAAGCUAUCACAGAAGCCAUUGGUAAAACCCUUCGGACUUCACUCAUCUCGAAAACAUUAAUUCUAAUGAUUUGGUACUUUUUAGUAGUAUUUUCCAAGUUUGUACAACUUAUAUCAUAGUGCUGAAUAUUAAUGUGCUAAUUGUAUAUGUUCACUUGGCAAGCUGCCCCUAUUUAUAUACCUCAUGGUCAUAUGUGUGUACAAUGCAUGUCUGUGGUAUGGUCAUUGGUGGCAUUGACAGUAAGUUCAUUUUGUUUAUUUAACCAUCAUCAUAAACCAUGAUGUGAGAUAUUCAGCGCCAAUAAUUUUGUUAUUUAAUAAUACAGAUAAAAACACAAAAACAUUGA